AUGGCGGAACAAGCGCCCAUCUCUACGUGCGUGUCAUUGCACCCCGACACGCGCAAUGUCUACGUGCAGAACCUCGAGGAGCGCGUCAAGCCGGAGCCGCUGACCAGCGCGCUGCGCACCAUCUUUUCCGAAUUCGGCCAGGUUGUCGACAUUGUCGCCAAGACGAACCUAAAGGCCAAGGGCCAGGCGUUUGUCGUCUUUGACACGCCGGCGAGCGCGCAAGAGGCCGUCGACGAGAUCAACGGCUUCCCGCUCUUCGACAAGCCCAUGCGCCUGGCCAUGGCCCGUUCGUACAGCGACAAGACGGUCGAGAUGAGCGGCUCGCCCGCCCAGCUCGAAGCGCACAAGCAGCACCGUCUCGCCGAAAAGGGCUGCGAGGAAGAAAUGCUGACAGCAAUUCUCGUUACAGAAAAGAAAAAGGCCAUCGAGGCCGCCGAGGGUCCCAGGCAGGGCAAGCGCGGCGCGGCCGGCGUCGUCGGGGCCGAUGGGCGGCCGUCCAAGAUUGGCAAGCCGUCGGGGCUCAAGUCCACGUCGGUCGCGCAGGCGGCUGUCAUCCCGGACGAGUACCUGCCGCCCAACAAGAUCUUGUUCCUGCAGAAUGUGCCCGACGAGUACGACGUCGAGGGGCUCACGGCGCUCUUUGGGCGCUUCGAAGGUUUCCGCGAGGUGCGCGUGGUGCCGGGCCGUCGCGGCAUCGCGUUUGUCGAGUACGACGCCGAGCAGGGCGCCACGGAAGCCAAGGAGAAUACGGCGGGCAUGACGCUGGGCGACAGGAACAUAAAGGUCACGUACCAAAGGCAGUAG